GUCCACGGGGCAGCAGCAGCAGCGCCGAGCGCACACCGGGGUCUGCGGAGGGAGGCAAACAAGAGGGAGCGCGGGCUCUUUAAGAGGAAGGGGCUGCAGAGCAGGAGUCAGUGCAGAAGAGGAGAAAACGGGGUCACUUUAAAGGGGACAGGAAGCCAGAAGGGUCACUUUAAGGGGAAAGAGGAGGAGUCCGUUUAAAGAGGGGAACAGAAGGAAACAAGGGGUCUGUGACAAGGGAUUCUUUGUGGGGUGGAAGUAAGGGACCUCUAAGCAGGAGAGGAGGGGUCUCUACUGGUAGGUGAGGGGUCUCAGGACUAGAUCUUUGUGGCUCUUCAGGGGAGGGUCAGGGAGGAGGAGACACAUGCUGGAGGGACGCCCCCUGCUGUCACUAUGAGGUCCCUCCAGUUGCUGUUGCUGUUGCUCCCUAUCUGCACCUCCCCGCACCCCGCAGGCCGGACACAGAGCGGUGUAGACGAGUGUGCCCUGGGUACAGAUGACUGCCACAUCGACGCCAUAUGCCAGGACACGGCAACAUCAUACAAGUGUGUGUGCAAAUCCGGAUAUAAAGGGGAAGGUACCGCGUGUGAAGACACUGAUGAAUGCGAUAACGAGUACAAUGGAGACUGCGUCCACGAGUGUACGAACAUUCCUGGAAACUACCGCUGCACUUGCUACGAUGGCUUUGCAUUGGCACAUGAUGGGCAUAACUGCCUGGAUGUGGACGAGUGUAGGUCUAACAACGGAGGCUGUCAACAGACCUGCAUUAACACCUUGGGCAGUUAUGAAUGCCGCUGUAAAGAUGGCUUCUUUCUGAGCGACAACCAGCACACGUGUAUCCAUCGGUCAGAAGGACGGAGAUAA